AAUCGCGUCUGAGUCAUCGCUAGCAGCAACAGCAACAAUCAGUGACGACAUAGCUAUUUUUGUUUUGUAAAAAAUUUUUGCCCCGUAAAAAAUGUCCGACACCGCUUUCCUGGACUCGUUGAGCAACAAGGAGCUGCUGGCCAAGUGCGUGCAGCUCGGCCUGCCGGGCGUCCCUGUGACGGACAGCACCCGUAGCGUGAUUAUUCGCCGGCUCAAGGCCGCAAUCUCUGGGACUCCACUGAACAAAAGCAAAUCUGCAAGUAAGAAAGCAACGCCCAGACGUGAGACCGUCCAUGGCAGCCAGGUUUCAACGCCCACGUCGGAGCCAGUGCGUCGUUCGGCCGGAAGAAGUGCAGCCCGCAGCAAUGGCAGCAAGAUUAGCGAGCAGGGUCGUCGCACCAUCGCAUACGGGCUGGACAACACCUCGAUCUCUGGGAGAUCGGUGCAGACCACGACCACUGUCUCGGAUGUGGGUUCCCAGUCGGAAGACGAUGACUUCUAUGUGGUGGAUUCACCUGGAGGCAGAUACCAACAGGACCAAAAGAACAGGCGCUCUGUGUCGCUGACCAAAUCAGGAGUUCUGACCACGUCGUACACCCGCGAGGUGGACCAGCCGCUGUACGAACAGGAGGACAUACCAAGCAGCUACACCUACGAGAGACCACAAGUGACAGCCGCUCCGCUUCACACACUGCCCACAUACGAGCCACGCAUCGAACCCUCGACUUACAGACGCACAGAUUUGGGUUUCUCGCGACCCCUGCUGACCCAAUCCAAUCUGAACUCCACCAGCUACCAGGAGGCAUCGGGAUUCAACCCAUCCCUCUCGCCCGUUUCGCCAAGAAACACUUUUAGCGGCUCCGCCAGGCCUUUUGGCGGACCAGCACCAGCUCCGGUACGCCAGCGUUCGAGUGUGGCGGCCGGUGGAAACAACUUGGCCCGUGGUCGCCUGCUCCAACCCACCACCGCGGUGAACACCCUCUAUCCGCAGUUGAAUCAGUUCUACGAUCAGCCGGAUAAUGCAGGCGAACCCAUGGAAACCGAGAGCGAGUCCGAGGCAGAGGCAGCCCCCAUCCGGAGCAGUCAUUUCGCAACCAGACGCUCCUCGCCGCUGGCCAGGUCUCAGGGCAGGAAACCUCUGGUGAGACAGCACGACCAGGUGUCACCCAUGUUGCAGUUCCGUGCCCUGCUCGUAUCGCUGGAUCAGAAAUAUAAUCUCAAGUUCUACUUCAUACUGGUAGUGACAGUAAUGAUGGCCACCAUGAUCUAUGUGGCCAUGACGCCCAACUCUUAGUAAGGCUUAAUAACAUGUUACUGCGAUUGCCUUCCAAAUUUGGUUUCGGUUACUACAUGCAUUUGGACCCCCGUACUUCAGUGGAGGACUUCCAUCAAGACUUUGCACCCUAAGACUAUUUUAAAUUCCCAGACAUGUUCAGAAGCUCACAAAUAUUCAGUUCAAAUUGCCAAGUCUUUAAUUGCUUGUUUUCGCAUAUGGUUUCUUUUUAUACAUAAUUAGAAAAAUGUACUACAUUAUAAUUAUUGUAUUGUAUUAAAUAAACUAAUUAAAUGUAA